AUGGCUACAAACUUCACAACAAAGCUUUCCUUAGCACUGAUUCUCACAACAGCGGCCAUUUCUGUCACCACCGCCGGCAAGUCGAAACAGACCAAUCUAAUUCUAUAUUUACAAGAUUUCGCCAAUGGCCCAAACCCCACAUUCAUCCCAGUCGCCGGAGUCGCUGGCAAGCCAUGGAACUUCACCCAAUUCGGCACGAUCUUCGUCACCGACAACCCAAUCACAGCUGGACCGGAUCGGAACUCAACAGCACUUGGUCGAGCUCAGGGAAUUUACGUGGUGGCAGCGGCGGAUGGGAGGAAUUUGGCAGUGAUUCUCACUCUGGCGUUGGCGGAGGGGAGCAGCAUUGAGAUACAAGGAACGAGCCGACAGUUCGAAGGUGAGAGGGAGCUUGGUGUGGUAUCGGGGACAGGCAAAUUCCGGUUUGUUAGAGGGUUUGCUGUGGGUAAGAACGUUGUUACGGACAUUGCAAAUGGAUAUACCGUUAUUCAGUUUAAUGUUACUCUCAAACAUUACUAG